UGGAGAGCGGCGGCCGUUUGAUUGGUGGGUGGGUCGGCGCGGCGACGCUCCCCCUCAGCCGUCGAUCGCUCCCCCCUCCCUGCCUCCCUCACCUGCCUGGAACCGGCCUCGCCAUGGAGGCGCAGAAAGAAGCUUUGCAAAGAAUUAUCUCCACAUUGGCACAUAAAAAUGAUGAAAUCCAGAACUUUAUUGAAACUUUAAACCACAUUUUGGAAGGAGUACAGGCUAAUUCUUCCAGUGUUAUUUCUGAGCUGGAAGAGGAAUUUGAUGGCUUAUAUGCAAUACUUGAUGAAAUGAAGGAGAUCAUGACAACUAAUAUCAAGCAAGAACAAGCACAAAAAAUCCAGGAACUUCAGAAUCAGCUUAGUCAAUGUAAUAAUGCCCUGGAGAACUCUGAAGAAUUGCUGGAAUUUGCUGCACGAUCCCUGGACAUAAAAGAUUCAGAAGAAUUUUCAAAGGCUGCCAGACAGAUCAAGGAUAGAGUCACAAUGGCUCCAGCAUUCCGCUUGUCUUUGAAACCCAGAGUGAGUGACAAUAUGACACACCUGAUGGUGGAUUUUUCUCAGGAGCGGCAAAUGCUUCAGGCACUAAAGUUCUUGCCAGUUCCCAGAGCUCCAGAGAUUAUUUUAACAGACUGUCUGGUAGCUGACAACGCUGUAACGAUAGCAUGGCAAAUGACAGAAGAAGACAACAAAAUUGAUCACUAUAUACUAGAAUUUAGAAAAACCAACUUUGAUGGGCUUCCUCGCAUAAAAGAUGAGAGAUGUUGGGAAUCUAUAGACUACAUUAAGGGCACUGAAUAUACAUUAUUGGGACUAAGAUUUGAUUCAAAAUACAUGAACUUUCGUGUCCGAGCUUGCAACAAGGCUGUGGCUGGGGAUUAUUCGGAUCCUGUAACUUUAGAGACAAAAGCUCUUGUAUUCAAUCUGGAUGGUUCAUCAUCUCAUCUUAAUUUAAAAGUUGAAGAUUCCUAUGUUGAGUGGGACUCUACUGGAGGGAAAAGCCAAGAAAACAAAACAAAAGGAAAAGAAAACAAAGGCAGUGGCCAGAUUACCCUUCUGAAGAACAGUUCAAGAAGCGGCACUCCAUCUCCAAAGCGGUCAUCGGUUAGCUCACGCUCACCUUUGAUAAGGGGCAGCAGAGAUAGAUUUACUGGGGAAUCAUAUACAGUCUUGGGAGAUACUGCAAUUGAAAAUGGACAGCAUUAUUGGGAAGUGAAAGCUCAGAAGGACUGCAAGACAUACAGUGUAGGAGUAGCAUAUAAAAAUUUGGGAAAAUUUGAUCAGCUGGGAAAGACCAAUACAAGCUGGUGUGUUCAUAUAAAUAACUGGCUCCAGACCUCAUUUGCAGCCAAACACAAUAAUAAAGCAAAAACACUAGAUGUCGUGGUUCCAGACAGGAUAGGAGUCUAUUGUGACUUUGAUGGAGGUCAACUCUCUUUCUAUAAUGCAAGCUCAAAACAGUUGCUAUAUACUUUCAAAACAAAAUUUACCCAACCUCUACUACCAGGUUUUAUGGUUUGGUGUGGUGGACUCACAUUGACAACAGGAUUGCAAGUGCCAACAGCUGUGAAAACACUGCAGAAAAGUGAAAAUGGGUUGAGUGGUUCCACUAGUAGUCUAACCAAUGUUGGCCAGUGAUGUUCUGGUUAACAGCUGCAACCACCUCAAAGAACAGUUUAAUGCAUUUUUGCUACUUCCAAUGCCUGACCACCACUAGUGCAAAAUGCUUGUACUGAAACUGGCUUAUACUGAAGUAUUAGCAAGAGUGUAUUGAAGUAUAAUAGGAAAACAGAUUGUUUUUUGACAAAGAGAUAUUUCAGGUUAUAGCUAUAUGCUUCUCUUAGAAUAAACUUGACUACUUGUCUUAUGGUUGCUUGACUGAUAAUUAAUUCUGAAUGAUGUGUAGCAAAGACAAGUAUGAUCUUAGUAUGGCUCCUCCCCCACUGCUCCCACCCCCACUGCUUUUCUCCUUUCUAGGAUUUCUAAUACUCAGGUUUAGCCUAUAAGAAAAGGAGCUAAACACUGCAACUUAAAAACUGGGACUCUUUUAAUAAAAUCAGAAAAAAUGUCCACAAAUAGAAAAGGGGAGGAACAUGAAUUAAUGUUUUGAUCACUGUCCUUUCAUUCAGGGUAGCUCUUUUACUGUCAGACUCCAAGACUUAACUUUGUUAUUCAUCCUAAGUAAUUUUAAGUUGGUACUUAGUGUCCAUUACAUUGAAGUAUGGAAGAUGUCAUCUAUAUUUCACUAUUGUAUGUAUUUCUAGCCUAUCAGUUUAACUUAAGGAGCUUAGAGAUGCUUCUGUUCAUUUAUGAUGUGUUCAUUCUCACUCAUGUUUGUAAAACAGCCCUUUAAUUGUUCUCAAUUAGCAGGCGUCAACAUGUAAUUAAGAUUUGAUCAGAAUCCACUUAAAUCACGUCUUUAACCAUUUUCAUUUAUAAACUAAAGACUUACUCUAUGUCUUAAUUUCCAAAUUGAGCCCUGAAAGCAAACAAUAUAGUUGAUAGAUUCUUGGAAAUAUCAAAUAUACAAACUUUAUAACACAGUAAAGAGUCUUCCUGCAUUUAGACUUAAAACUCUUUAAAUAAUCUUGGUUACAAAGUACUUCUGAACCUUUAAGAAUCCUCUCUGUGUCAGAGGCCUAUCCUAAGCUUGUAGUAUGUUCCAAUGUUACCCUAAUUUGCUUUAAGCCCUACAAAAUUUUAUCUUUUUUCCCUGUACACUAUCUGUAUUUAGCUUUCUGUAAGUCUCUUGGCUCUUUAAGAAACUUCCCAAAAGUGUAAAGAAAAGUGCUUUUUAUAUUAAAGCACUCCCAUAAUUUUCCUGUUUGAAAAAAAUAAAUACAUGCAAUCAUAGAAAUUCAGGAUGGAUGUUAUCAAUGGAACUGUCUGUCCAGUUGGUUUUCUCAGGUUCUUCUUGUAUGUUCCCCAUUUCAACCAACUUGAAUCAGGUUAAAGCUGUGUAGAAGGAAGUAUGUAUCAUGUAAACCAAGGAAUUGUUUACAAUGUGAUAUUCUGUAGGCAAGACUCCCUGUAUUUGUGAUACUUUAUUUUAGAGUACUUAACCUCAAAUUUAUAUUACUUGCAUAAUUGACUUAUGAAAUAAAUUUUUUCUUGUAACUGGCUUGCACAUCAAAUGCCAACUCCACUGCCGAGUAAAAGGACUAUUCUAAAGAUUUUAUUCACAUUUGGAGUUCUGAAAAUGCAAUCCUAAUUAGCCUGAAUCUUCUGGAAAUUUGAAUGAUGCAGUUGUUAAAAGUAGAAUUGACCAUUUACUACCGAGAGGUACAUAUGCAGACCCAUACACGUUGUCAAUUCAGUUCUUCAAACACCUAUUAAUAUUCCACAAUUCAACUGCUUUCUAAUUUAUUUAACUCAUUGCAGUGCUAAUGCUGGAGGUUCUUAACAUGCAUCUACAAAAAUAUAGGAUUCUUAUCACCAUUGUGAGGAAAAUAAGUACUGUGGAAUAGUUGAGGCAUAUUUAAUUCUGAUGGUGCUCAACAAAGUAAUCCCCUGUCAGUUUAACAAAGUAAGAGACAAGAGAUUCUUUAAGCACUUUAGACACUUUUUCUUUACUUAUAAAGUACUUUAAAAAGUUAAUGCUAUAGUAAUUCUGAUCAGCUCUAUUUGGUGGCAAGCAUGCAGAUGCUGAAUGAAAGUAUUAGUUUGUGUUUUUGGAUAUGGAAUGCUAGAUCAGUAACAAUGGAUAGUGUUUUUCGAGUAUGUACAUAAUUUGCCUGCUUACUUACUGUAAAAUGUAUUUUUCUAUUAUAAAUAGGUUUGUUUUUUAGAUUUAUGGGGGGGGAAAUUCUUUUUUGCUGAUUUAGUAUUUGGAACAUUAUGAAUUUUCAUUCAGUAACCAAGUACCAAAAUUUUGUAAACUAGUGUAGAAAUUGAAUAAUUGAUUAAAUUUAAAUGUCAAAUUAUGUGACUGUUGUCAAAACAACAGGUUAAAGCUGAAGCUACAUGGACAAUAUUAUGGAUGAGAAUUUAAUUUAGUAUUAUUUAAAUAUUACAGUUAUUAUACAAGACAGAUGCUAAGAAUUCUGUUUAAUCUUACAAGUAACAUUGGCUAAGGAAAGUAGAAAUAGUCUGAGUUUUUUUCAGUGAACUGUUGUUUAUAUUCUCUGCCUUGCUUUUGGACAUGCAUUCCUUAUGGGGAAAACAGGUUUGAAACAAAUUAUCUCAUGAAUAUUGAGAUUUGAAUUAUGCAAAUUAUAAUUUGGUACAGUAGCAUUUCAUCUAUGGGUGGUUUCAUUCUUGACCCUACAUCUUCUAGCUAUUUUGGGGUUUGGCACUAAAUUGAAGAAGCAUAUUGUAUUCAUGUUUUUGCCCUUUAAACUGUCUGUUCAUUCACCAUUGAUAAAACAGUUCUGCAUGUGCCUUUUUAAACUUGGUCCAUAUCACUGCUCUUGGUUGUGGUAGUAGAUGCUGAGAUUAGAAUGCUAUUAUUAUUAUUAAACAAGGAUAUUGUGGAUUGGUGGUUCUGCUCCCAUUCAGUGCUUCGGUCUUAACCCUUGAGAAAGUAUCCAAAAAUAACAAUCUCAUCUGCCAGAACAACACUGGGUGCCUUAGAGCCCACUGAGUGUUUUUAUUUGCUGUGUCUUUAACUCAAUCACAUCUUGGAGAGAUUUUGUAUUAAUAAACAUUGGGAAAUCA